AUGCGCUAUGAGAGACUUCAAACAGUAGGGAAAAAAGCAGUUGAGCAGGUACUUCUGAGGUCAAUUAGCAAAGAGCAGAUUGAAACUUGUUACUUAGAUAUUGCGCAAUCUCCAAUAGGUUUGAAAAGCUUGGAAACAGGGUUGGCACAACUACUGAAGUAUUUGUACGAAGAAACUAUAGCUGAGUUUGAUCAAAUCUAUGAAGAGAAUGAUUUACGCAGCAAGCUAAAUGAGCUUGAUGAAAUCACUCAAUUGGCAGAACAAAGGCGUGAAGCUAAUUCAGCAGCAACAUCCAACACCAAUACAACAUCAAGCACAAACACAAACACAAACGCCAAGGGAUCGGUAAAGACAGACUCUGCCUUGCAGCCGGUACAUUUGGACAAAUUGGCCCCAUCUGAAAUAAUUGAUUCGGUUGUGGUGACCAAUAAAGAAGACAUACUUAAUGGGCUAGAGACAAUUUACGACAAGCUUGCAACAGAUAACGAUACUUUAGCUGAAACGUUAAGUAGACUUCGAGACAAUGCAUCACUAAUAAAUUACGAAAUACAAGAAAUACUAGUGCCAAUCCAAAACCAAGCCAAUCUUAUCAAGGCAGAGCCCGUGGAUAUUGACAAAAUCAUUCGAAUAUCGGAAAGCAUGCAAAAUGAGAUGAAUACUACAAAAUAA